AUGAAUUUAAGCUUCCAGGCAUUUUCGGCCACAGCACGCUCAAUGCCAACAGUUACAAAUGUUGUCACAAACAAUAGUAAUCAUCCAAGUACUAGCACUCAACAACUUACUACAACAGCGACAGUGGGAACUAUUUUACGUGAAUCAGUUGAUACUGUAAGGCCUGAAACACCACCUGCUGAUUAUGAUACUGCUUUUAAUGACCUGCAUAUCACUAAUAAUACCACUGGUAAUAACAGUAAUAACAAACAAUCACAUCAACGUACCACUGCUGUCAUGUACUAA